GUGUCUAAAUUGUAUGGCUUCUCCUGUCGGCAGAGCUGUACCCACUUUCUGGCCAAGGCGUCGUCGCGGGGAAACAAAAAAAAAACUGCAUUUGGUGCCUUUGCGCCUACGGCGGCUGCAAUUCAACACACGACACGACAUUUUUAUAAAGUUUUUAUUACAAAUAAAACGUUUUUUACUUCAGAACGCACGAAUUACUUCGAUUUUUCACUUGAAAGUACACAAUACGAUUGCACUUGUUUAUAAACUUUAAAGUUUGUUUACGUAUUGCCAUAAACGUCAAAGUCGGCAAAACCAAGGUAGCGGUUUCGUUCUUGUUCGAGUUGCAAUCACAACUGCAGUGUUGCGCGAAUUAUUAAAGUAUCACGUACGGUGUGAAUUUCUAGCAACGUGUUAUUUAUUGUUCACACGUGCUUGGGCAGAAAUUUUCAUCAGUGCGGCAGUGAUGCCGCUUUUAUUACGUGCCUCGAACAUGCCCUUCCUCUACUAGCAGGUGUACCAUCUGCUCACAAGCAUGGAGAGGAUAACUGCGGCGCUGGACGUGUUAUUGAAGGAAGCAAAUGAGCUAUAUAUUGGCACAGAAGUAGUCGAACUAGAUCAAAUACCAAAUCCAAUAGAAUUUGCGCGCAAUUUUUAUGCCAAAAGUCAACCAGUGGUGAUACGUAAUGCGGUCAAGCAUUGGCCAGCGGUACAAAAAUGGAAUCCAUCGUAUCUAGAGCAAAUGCUUGGCAACAAAUUGUUAGACGUCACAACAACGCCUAACGGUUACGCGGACGGCUUGGCAAAACAAGAUGAAACGGAGUAUUUUGUGCUUCCUCUGGAGGAGAAGAUGUGUAUGAGGGAAUUCUUGGAAAGACUUGAUGACCCUACUGGAGCAAUACACUAUAUUCAAAAGCAGAAUUCAAAUUUCACCACCGAUUUUCCAGAGUUGGCAGAUGAUAUUAAUGUUAACGACUUAAAUUUUGCCGAAAAAUGUUUGAAUACCCCGCCGCUGGUAAAUUUUUGGAUGGGCGAUGAGCGCGCUGUCACAUCUAUGCACAAAGAUCCCUUCGAUAAUAUAUAUUGCGUUAUCGCUGGACAUAAGGACUUUAUAUUGCUACCACCACACCAGGUAGUAAAUAUUCCUCGGCAACAAUAUCCGGUCGGACAAUAUCGACGUAAUACACUGGGUCAGUUCUAUAUUGAGCCAGUGUUGAAUGAGCUUGCCGAAGAAAAUGAAUCUAAACAGAUGCAAACCGAAUGGAUUAGUAUCGAUCCAUUAGCACCGGAUUUAGGCAAAUAUCCGAAGUUCGCACAAGUCCAUCCUUUGCAUGUGCGUGUAUACGCCGGUGACGUUUUGUUUCUGCCUAAUUUUUGGUUUCAUCACGUGCAACAGAGUCACAAGUGUAUAGCCGUGAAUUUUUGGUAUGAUAUGGAGUUCGAUAGUCGUUACUGUUAUUUUCGAAUGUUAGAAAAACUUUUGGAAAUAAAUCCAAAAUAAUUUAAAACUGGCAUUAAUUUAAAUUUAUUUACUUGGGGAGUUAAAGAGUUCAAUUUGUGGCAAACGCACAUUUGUUUUCCGAUUACUUAUUUCGGGAUGGAGCCUUUUGGAGAAUCUCAAAAAUUAGUGUUAUAAAAGGUUAAAUUAAUCAA